AUGAUUAAAUCAACGAACUCAAUAUACCAGCUGGACUUCCCGGCCAACUCCACACUUUCACCGAUUCGGGAGAGCGGACAAAGCUUUUUUGCCAGUGUGAAUGGCUCCCAGAGCGCUGAUGGGCUUAAAACCAACAAAAUUCCUACCGGAAACCCUUACUCCAGAUCAAUAUGGAAUUCAGAAAACGAAUACAAGUGCAACGCCAAACAACUUAAAAAACUGGCCGCCAAACAACAAAAAUCGCCUGCUUUGGAAGCCGAAGUAUCGUUGUCAAAAACUUCGCCUGCACCGUCACCGACGGAACAGCAUCACAUUGAUGACACACAGGGGAGGAGAGAAGAUUCAAAAAAAGCAUUCACAGGGGAUGAAUUUUUCCAUGCAUUUUACCAAAUGUUACAUAACGAAGAGGAAUACUCAUAUGUCACCGACGCUUUGAAUAUGAUAUACCGAAAAGAACUUCACAACAACAGAAAAUUCGGAGAGAAGUUGAUACGCCUCAGCUCCAAUGAGGAAAUUUUGCUGUUCGGUAACAUCGACACAAUAUCACAAUUGAGCAGAAUACUCACUAAAAUUUUGAAAAAUUACGUCAAGACAUGCUGUUUAUCAGGUACUGACAUGGAAGACUGGGGAGGAUUUGGUUUACGUCUCGCUGUUCCCCAGGAAUUUACGAAUAUAUUUGACCCAUCAGACUUUCUUGAUUCUCACCUGAACAAAAUCAAAUCCACUUACCAUGCAUAUUUUUCUAGUCACAAAAAACAAAUAGAGCUGCUUACCGCUCUAAAACGAAACAAACGCUCUUUAUUCUACAAAUGGUACGAAAUUUGCCUAAAGAAAAGCGAUUUUUUACGCAUAGAAGAUAUUAUAGACGCCCCAAUGAAACGGGCUGAGGAAUUCUAUGAAGAUAUUUCCAAUGUAGUAUUCCAUGCCGAAAACUACCUGUUACCUGAAAAUGUGAGAAAGUUAACCCUGUUCCAGAAGCGAUAUUUUGAGUUUUUGAGAGAAGCGAGAUCUUUGCUUAUCUCCGAAGCCGCAAUCUCGGGCCAGAGUUAUUCGAGACCUUCAUCAGGCCAAAACGAACCUCAUCUUUUGGUUCCAGCUAGCGACAAUUCGUGUCGAUCUAGUGAUACACAUUUUUCGCUAUCGUCCAGCAGGUACUCUGAUCAUUCCGGUAACGAAGCACGCAGUGAUCCCGAAGUUGUAGAAAGUACCUCGAAAGCUGUUGAUAUUGAAAAAGAGAUACCGACACUUAAUGACUGCAUAUGGAGAUUCAAACAAAUAGAGAAGCAUCUUGCGAAGUUGGAAAAAGAGAUAAUGUCGGUCGAUCUAGCUGCAAUAUUGGAUAAGAACUUAAAGCAAGCGGAAGAAUGGCGUAAAAUAUUCGAGUUCGAGCCUGCUAGUCAGCUUUUCACCGAGCACGCAAAUGUGGAGUCCAUCUACACAACUUACGUAAAUAAAAUCCAUCAGCAGAGGCAGGACGUAAUGCUUUUGAAGCUAAAAGACAUCCAAACACUGAUUUUGGAACCUUUGUCUCAGUUGCGCAAACUCUGCGAGCCAGUGGACACCAAAGUGAAGGACUUGAGAACUCUAAAAAAAGACUUCAUUUCGUUUCUCAAGUCUAAAGAUGCUCGCGAUAUUAGAAUGGAGAUAGUUGCCAUACAUUUUAAAGAGCUGCAGGCUCAGCUAUUGGAUGAACUUCCAUUAUUUUUGAAACUUAUCACGAAACUCACUCGCUCGCUGCUGAUAGGGUACAAUCAAAGUAUGAUGAAUUAUAUGGAAAUUCUAUGUGGAGGGAAAAGACUUCUACAGCGAGAACUGAGGCUGCUCGAGACCGGUGAACGAGAGCCUGGUGAUAACUUUGAUAUCCUCCAACAGUUUUCAUCCUCCAGAUUCUACGCUAAACAAUUGAUUCGAGAAAACUGGAAUUGUCAUGGUAGGGCGGUGGAAAGUCGGGCUGUUCGCCGAUUGUUUGAACUGUGA